UAGUAGUUCGAUGUGCGAUAUGAUGGGAGUUUUACUGCCUUCGACGGGUUUUUUCUAAAACGAGGCUACAAAUGCUUUGCAGUGGGGAUACGAGGCUCCACGUAAAACAGCCAAACAGAGAGAAUAAGUAGUUGUUUCUUUAUCACACGUUUCCAUUCCCGAAAAUUUGAUCAUUAAAAAAAACGAGAAUGACAGACGUGGGAAUUGAGAUUGCGGGAGAUAUGCAAAUACCUCAACAAAAGCAAAAAUCUGGCACUGGGCUCGAAUUCCUACAGAUACCACAACUUCCACUUAGUAACAUAGGAUAUCCACAAGCUCAUGAAUGGAUUGAACACAGAAAAGCUAAUAUCAGGCCUUGGUCUAUGUUUCUUAAUACAAGCAACAUAAGACCUCCACCCAGUUUACCAAGAUUGAGUAAAAGAAUUAUGAGAAAUAUUGAAUAUUUCCAGAGCAAUUAUUUGUUCGUGUUUGUUGGAUUAGUUAUAUAUUGUUUGAUUACAUCACCAUUAUUGCUGCUUGCUGUUGCUGCAUCUCUUGGAACUUGUUAUAAGGUUUCGCAACGUCAUGCUAAACAGGAGCUUACAAUAUUCAAUCAUAAAUUAACGCUAGCUCAAGUUUAUUCUUUGGUAGGAAUCUGUUCACUACCAAUCUUUUAUUUAGUAGGUGCUGGUGCAGCUCUUUUCUGGGUUCUUGGCGUAUCCUGGUUUCUAAUAACUUUACAUGCAGCAUUCUAUAAUAUUGACUCAAUAUUAUGUCCAGGAGAAGAUGAACUCAAUUCUUUAGUUAUGCAAGAAGUGUGAUCCCUAUUAUAAUAGAUAUGUACUAUAUCAAAUUUUAAUCAAAUUUUAUGUAAUAUGUAGAUAAUAUAAAGCAUUAUACAUUACUAAAAGAUAUAUGUAUGUAAGAUAUAAUUAGUAGAAUAAUGUGUCAAACUUAAUUUUAAUGAAUAGAAGUAAUAUUAAAUAAUAUA